ACCAAAACCCUAAUUCUAAAACACCGAAUCAAAUAAACAGAAGAAAGCUCUCAACUUUCUUCUUCUUCGACCCCUCGCCCCCUAUAGAAAACUAAAUUAUCCAAAAAGAGAAGAAAAAUGCGAAGACCCAAAUCGAGAUCCGCCCGGAAACAGCAGAAGAACAGCGAGUUCCAAGAAAUCGAUAUUCUAAACGAAUGGAUAGAAUCCCAGAAACCCGAAUCCGGUUCCAACCCUUUAGCCCACGACCCACUGAAAUCCAAGUCGCCAAUCGGCCGAAUCGUCGACCCUGAAAGUGGCGUCGUUUCAUUCUCGAGGUACGCCGGAGCAAGGAAAUUUUACGAGCUUCCGAUAUCAAAAAGGACGAAGAAUGGGUUGGAGGGAGGCGGGUUUAAGAAGAUGACUGAUAUACAAGUGGCGUCUUUGCCUCACGCACUUUGUGGAAGAGAUAUUCUGGGUGCAGCUAAAACUGGGUCCGGAAAGACUCUAGCUUUUGUUAUUCCGGUCCUGGAGAAGCUGCAUAGAGAGAGAUGGGGUCCCGAGGAUGGAGUCGGCAGCAUCAUAAUAUCUCCCACAAGGGAACUAGCUGGCCAGAUUUUUGAUGUAUUAAAAACUGUUGGGAAGUAUCAUACUUUUAGUGCAGGCCUUCUAAUUGGUGGUCGAAAGGAAGUUGACCUUGAGAAAGAGCGGGUGAAUGAGCUGAAUAUUCUAAUUUGUACUCCUGGACGUCUUCUUCAGCACAUGGACGAGACUCCAAAUUUCGAUUGUUCUCAGCUUCAGGUUUUGGUCCUUGAUGAGGCUGAUCGUAUCCUUGACAUUGGUUUUAAGAAGACGUUAACUGCAAUUGUAUCACAGCUGCCAAAGUGUCGACAAACAUUGCUUUUCUCUGCAACCCAAACAAAGUCGGUCCAGGAUCUUGCAAGGCUCAGCUUGAAAGACCCAGAGUAUAUCAGUGUGCAUGAGAAAGCUGUUACAGCCACUCCCAAUCGCUUACAGCAAACUGCAAUAAUCGUUCCACUUGAACAAAAGUUGGACAUGCUGUGGAGUUUCAUAAAGGCACAUCUAAGAUCAAAGAUUCUUGUGUUUCUUUCAAGCUGCAAAGAGGUUAAAUUUGUCUUCGAAUCAUUCAAGAAACUGCGUCCUGGAAUACCCUUGAUGUGUCUUCAUGGAAGGAUGAAGCAAGAAGUAAGGCAGGGUAUAUAUUCACAAUUCUGCGAGUCUCGUUCAGUUCUCUUCUCAACUGAUGUGGCCUCAAGAGGCCUUGAUUUUAACAAGGCGGUUGACUGGGUUGUGCAGGUGGAUUGUCCGGAAGAUGUUGCAUCCUAUAUACACCGAGUUGGUCGUACUGCUCGUUACCUUUCCGGAGGAAGGUCAAUUUUAUUUCUGAUGCCUUCAGAAAUGAAGAUGCUUGAAAAGUUGCAGGCAGCAAAAGUACCUAUACAGUUUAUUAAGGCAAAUACAAAGAGGUUAGAGCCUGUUUCUAGACUAUUGCCGACUCUACUAGUUAAAUAUCCAAAUUUGCUGCAGCUGGCAGAGAGGGCCUUCAUCACAUAUUUGCGUUCUAUUUAUUUCAAAAAAGAUAAAGAGAUUUUUGAUGUGAUGAAAUUGCCUAUUGAUGAUUAUUCAGCAUCGCUUGGUUUACCAAUGACCCCCACAGUCAAGUUCUUGAAUAGAAAAAAGAAAAGCAAAAUCGAGUCAGAAAAAUCCACUCUUAUUGAAUCUGAAACAUUUGACUUGGACAAUGAGUCAGCUAUCGCAAAGGGAGAGCUACUUAUUGAAGAUGCCAAAGACAACGAAGAGGACAAAGAUUUCCUUCUGAAGGAUACACCGGACGUCGGAGAAGGGAAUGCUAGUGAGAUUGCAGAUAUCAUGCCUGCAACACGGGUUUUGAAGAAAAAGAAGCUGAAGAUCAAUGUUCAUAGGCCUGUGGGGACAAGGGUUGUCUUUGACGAGGAAGGCAACACACAGGCUCCACUUGCCAUGUUGGCAGAGAAGACUAGCGGCGAGAUACAACUUGACCAAGACAAAAAGAAUGAGUUCUACAAGAAGAUGAGGGAAGAGCUGAAGCAGGUGGAUAAGGGAGACAAGCUUCUACAGCAGCAACGGCUUAGGGAGGAACGGAUGAAGAAAAAGAUGAAGUUGAAGAAAGGGCAAAGGGAGGACGACGAAGAGGACAACGAUGUUUCCGACUCGGGAGAACCAGAUGCAAACAGAAAACGGAAAAGGUCGAAAAUAUACUUCCACAGUGAUAGUGAAGAUGAAAAGGAAGAGAUUAAGGGUGAUCCGGCUGGUGUCGAUGCUGAUUCAAUUUCUCUGGCAGAACAAGAAGAACUUGCUCUCAAGUUAUUGAACUCGAUGCACUCAUAAGUUUCAUGAAAUACCAUAUGAUUCUCCUUUUGAAUUUGUAUUAGUUUAUCCCCAACAUUACACAG